AUGAAGUUUCUUACCACCAACUUUCUAAAAUGUUCCGUCAAGGCAUGCGAUACUAGUAACGACAAUUUCCCAUUACAAUACGACGGAUCCAAAUGCCAACUAGUGCAAGAUGAAAGCAUCGAAUUCAACCCUGAGUUCCUCCUGAACAUCAUCGAAAGGGUGGACUGGAACGCUGUUCUUUCUGUUGCCUCAGAUUUGGGCAAUACAGCAUUGCCACCAAGCAAACCGGUCUUCCCAGCCACUGCAGACCAGCUCUCCGAGGAAGACAUGACGAUAUUGAGGGACCUCCAUACUCUGUUGAUCCAGACUUCCAUCUCUGAAGGGGAGAUGAAGUGCAGAAACUGCGGUCAUGUCUACUAUAUCAAGAACAGCAUCCCCAACCUAUUGCUACCACCUCAUCUAGCCUAG